UUUUUGUUGUUGUUGUUUUUUGUUUUGUUUUGUUUUCCCCCUGCACUGAUCUCUGGCAGAGCGGCAAUAUAAAAAUUGAAGCGCAUACAAACGCAGCAUUUAGUCUGGUGUCAGCCUGUCAUCCCGUUACACACAGCGCUCUCUUCGAAUACGCAAGCGCACGCACGGCAGCACGCACAAAAGUAGGCACGGCACGCCAGUUACAGUACGCACGCAAAGCGCACUCUCUUUCGCUCUCUCUCCCAGAGAGUCCAGCCGGCAAGAGCAACCACCACAAAGACUAUUACGACUGAUAACCAGCGAAACCAUGUCGCUGCCAAGUCCCGCGUCAGCCCCACUACUGCCGCUGCUGCUGCUGAUAGCAACCGCAGCAGUAGCAGUAUCAUCAGCCCAGACAGAUGCUGAGAUGAUGGACAAAACCGAAGCGAUGGCGAUGGAGUUGGCGCUGGACGUGAACGAGAUACCCCAGAGAUAUGACGAGACGCAGCUGUGGAGGAUCCACAACAUUUCGGAGGCGAUGCAGCGGCAAGUGCCCGUGGGCCAGGUGCUCGAGCAGAAGUUCGGUGGCAACAUAUGGAAGGAGAACUCAAAGUUUUUGGACAUAUCCAUCGGCAAGGAGCAGCUGAUGGCGGCGCGCACCUUUCUCAAUGCUCAGCGCCUGGAUGCCCAAGUGCUGUCCGAUAAUGUCCAGGCACUGAUCGACGAGGAGCACAUGGAUGGCAUCAAUGCCACCACAGCGGACGCUGGCAAGAGAACAAAAAAGGCAACGAGGAGCAGCAUGCACUGGAAGGACUACCACGACCUGGAGACCAUCUAUGCCUUCAUGAGGGAGAUCCGCAGCAAGUUCCCCAACAUUGUCCGCCUGUACACGAUUGGCCAGACGGCUGAAGGUCGCGACCUGAAGGUCCUAAGAAUCUCAGAGAAUCCACGCGAGUACAAGAAAAUCUGGAUAGACGGUGGCAUCCAUGCCCGCGAGUGGAUCAGCCCGGCGACGGUGACCUUCAUCCUGUACCAGCUGAUGUCCAACUGGGAGAACCAGCCAGCUCACAUUCGCGGCCUCACUUGGUACAUCAUGCCCGUGAUGAAUCCCGAUGGCUACGAGUACACCCGCACCACGAACCGCCUGUGGCGCAAGAAUCGAUCGCCAUCGCGGCGCUCCAACUGCGUGGGUGUUGACCUUAAUCGUAACUUUGACAUUGGAUGGGCGGGCUACGGCUCCUCGACGAAUCCCUGCAGUGACACGUUCCGCGGCGCGUCACCCGCCUCGGAGGCGGAGACGAAGGUCGUGAGCGAGUUCCUCGCCAAGCGCAAGUACAACCUGGAGGCGUAUCUAACCUACCACAGCUACGGCCAGAUGAUCGUCUAUCCGUGGGCAUACAAGGCCGUCAAGGUGAAGGAUGCCAGCGUGCUGCAGCGUGUCGGCAAUACGGCCGUCCAGCGCAUUUCCCAGAAAACCGGCAGCACCUAUCAGGCAGCGGUCACCCACGAGGUGCUGGGCAUUGCCGGCGGCGGCUCCGACGAUUGGAGUCGGGCGUCCCUCGGCGUCAAGUACGUGUAUACCGUGGAGCUGCGAGAUCGCGGUGCCUACGGCUUUGUGCUGCCCCCCAAGUUCAUCAAGGACACGGCCCUCGAGGGCUGGACCGUGGCCGAGACGGUGGCCCAGGCCAUUGGAUAAUCUCUGCGUCUCUGCGCCUUCACCAGGAUGAGGAGUGCCUGUCUGUCUGAGUCGGAGUGUGUCCAGUGAUUUGAUGAUUAAUUAUUUAUGUCUGUGUGAGUGCGAGUGUGUAUCUGCGUGUGCGUGCGUAUCCUUCAUCCUGUGUGGCAGGAAAUAAACAAAUCAAAGCUA